AUGGACCCCAGUGCCCGCACUGAAGAGCCGGAAGUUGCUGCUUGUUCAACGGUGCUGGCAGACUGUGAGAGACUGCGUUUUCCUGACACGGGGGGAGGAAGUGGACCAGAGCGAGAUCCCAGACCACCCGGGCCCCACCACACAGCUGACGACAGAGGCGAAGGUGAUAGAGAUGCAGAGGAAGAGACCCAAGAGAGGGAUGGAUUUGUGGAAGGAGGAACGGAUGAGUGGAUGGAUGGUCAAAUAGAAAUACUGGAGCUGGACUCCGUCAGCAUCGAAGUGGAGCUGCCGCCCAGCAUCGCAGCUCAGAUUAAGAGCAAUGCCGUCAACCCUCACCAUGGAAACCAGCGGGCAGUGCAGGCUGUCCUGGCGGGGAGGCGGGCCAAAGUGAAGGAGGAACCAACCUGGAUUGAGACAGAGGGGUCCGGCAAUUCCCAUCACGAUAAAACAGGAAGGUUAAUCUCCAUUCACAUCAAGCAAGAGGUCAAGGAGGAAGGAGGACAUGUGGACAUCUCCCGAGUGAAACAGGAGAGUACCAGACCUGGGGGAUGUUUCAAGGAGGAGCCGGAGGAGGCUCCCAUCCAAUCUGAGGACAGAGGGCCACCCUCAACUGACAGAGCCUCAAGGGGGGAGCAAGAGGUGGGGCUAGAUGAAGACCGGCAUGGCUGCCUCCUGUGUAAUGAGACAGUCACCGCUGAGGACGGGCUCCGUGCCCACACAGAGACACACCAGGAAACACAGGGGGAGGCCUCAGCCGCGAGGCAGCCCAACCAGUGCCAGAAGUGCAAGAAGACCCUCAAGACCGCUGCCGCCCUGGAGAGGCACGCCAAACUUCACGAGCGGCGCCACGUGUGCGGGGUGUGCGGCCGGGUCUACAGCAAGGCCGAGCACCUGCGCCGCCACGUCCUCGUGCACUCCGACGAGGAGCCCACCCACACGUGCCCCGCCCCGGGCUGUGGCAAACGCUUCCGCAGCCCCGCCGUGCUCCGCCGCCACCAGGUGGCGCACAGCCACCACAGGCCGCACCGCUGCGCCGACUGCGGGAAGGCGUUCCGCCUGCAUGACCAGCUGCAGCGGCACCGGCGCGUGCACUCGGACUGCAUGCCCUUCUCUUGCGGCCAGUGCGGCAAGGGCUUCCGCUUCUCGGGGGGGCUCAAGGUGCACCUGCGCACCCACGACGGCUCCAUGCCCCACGCCUGCCGCGAGUGCGGCAAGAGCUUCCGCCAGUCCAGCCACCUGAAGCUGCACCUGCGCACACACUCCGGGGAGACGCCCUUCGCCUGCCAGCACUGUGGCAAGAGCUUCUCGCGCUCGGACACGCUCAAGGGCCACCUGCGGGUGCACUCAGGGGAGCGGCCGUACCACUGCCAGCACUGCCCACGCUCUUUCACCCAGCUGAACACGCUCAAAGGGCACCUGCUCACCCACACCGGGCAGAAGCCCUACGCCUGCCCGCAUUGCGACCGCCGCUUCGUCCAGCAGAGCACCCUGAAAGGGCACCUUCGGACUCACGCCGCGGAGACCAGCGAUGGUGGUGCCGCCCAGGAGAGGCCCCACAGGUGCCCGAACUGCGACAAGGGCUUCACCCGUGCCGACAACCUCCGCAAGCACCGCCUCAUCCACCAGGGCGCCCGGCCCUUUGGCUGCGAGCGCUGCGGCAAGCACUUCCGCACGCGCCACGGCCGCGGCGUCCACCUGCGCACGCACACGGGCGAGCGGCCGUACCCCUGCGGCGAGUGCGGCCGCAGCUUCCGCGAGGCGGCCCUGCUGCGCAAGCACCGCCUCAUCCACACGGGCGACCGGCCGUACCCCUGCCCCGAGUGCGGCCGCGCUUUCCGCGACGCCGGCAACCUGCGCUGCCACCGCCGCAUCCACAGCGGCGAGAAGCCCUACGCCUGCGAGGCCUGCGAUAGGAGGUUCAGGCACAGGAGCGCGCUGCGGAGCCACGCACGCCAGCACACGGGGGACGCCCCCGGGCACACCUGCUCCCUCUGCGGCCAGCAGUUCCCCCGCCUCCAGGGGCUGAGGGCCCACCUGAAGAGCGAAUACCCGGAGGCUGGGGCGGGGCCUGCCGAGAAGGGCGGGGAGGCCACCAAAAAGGGGGGGAACAAGAGACCCACCAAGGAGAAGACGAAGGGGAAGGGCAGAGGGACACGUUCUGAGGAGGUUGCACCACCAGGGAGGGCGGGGCAGACCAGAAAAAGGAAGGCAGAGCCAAAAGAACUGCCGCAAAAGCCCAGAAGGUCGAGGAGGAGAGCACCAGGAGAGGCUCAGAGAGAAACCCUGAGGCUCACGGAGGGCAACCAGUGUGGGCAGUGUGAGAAGACGUUCAGAACUGCAGCUGCAUUGCGCAAACAUGCCGCAUUACACCAGAAGACUCCUGGACUCUGA